GCCCUAUAUGGGGGAUUCAUUCUCUUACCUUGAUAAUCUCUUGGCCUUGAAGUAUGGCAGGACAUGUGUCACCCACAAGAACCUGUAGUUUUCGACCUUGCAUGCUCGCUAUGAGUCCUCCAUAGCUCAGUGGUUAGAGCGUCUGAAUGGUAUUCUAGAAAGUCAUGGGUUCGACUCGCGUUGAGUAAUUCGACUUGAAAACGCUUCUUCAUUUAUUUUAGUUCCAAUAAUCUUGACCAGGGUCCAGAGUCCAGAGUCCAUUCCAGUCUUUAAUCCUCGUUUAAUACUAUGCCGGCGCCUUCCGCCAGUUGCGUGCUUUUAAUCGCAGCGCUAUUUAAAUAACGUUCAUGACCUUCUAAUGAGGUAUACAUUUCAAAUUAAUUUAACAUGUUCAAUUACAUAGCUCCAGUUUACAAUGAUGAAAGAAUUGAAAAUAACUGUACAAUUCACAUGUCAAUCUUGAUUGUACAAAAAUUCAAAUCAAGAACCGCUGUUACCGGCAGAUGAUAACGAUUUCGUCCUUUUCUCGUUAAAAGCUCGAAACCCUUAAUGGUCAUCGAUAUCGCUGUAACUGUCUAUAAUCACAAAUGCUUUUGCAUAGCUAAUGAAGGUCUGUUAAACAGCACAGAUAAACGCAGCUAUUAUUUAGCAUUUAAAAACAAGGAGGCUAUUUCCCUGCGUAAUUGAAACGCCUUUGACACCUCCGUAAGACUAGAAAACUAGUUUUAAAGUCAGGAUCACAAACAGAACAAGUCAACUCGCCCUUGUUUAUUUUAGCAAUGGUUACGACAAUAGAAGGUAUUAAUAUCGGCGUAACUUCAACUGUGAGUUGGAGCAUGGAAAUUUAGCCAAUGCAAAUAAAGAAUUGACAAAUUUGAGAUUUUAAUUCAGAAGGGUUUCCGCAAUUCGCAAUUAAGGGUAACUCAUCAACGUUUUAAACUGUCGUAAAUCGCAGUGAAUUAUGUAGGGUAAAAAUAGUAAUAGAAAGGAAAAUAAAUUGGGUGUGUUCUGCACGGAGAGAUUCGAACAAUAAAAUCAAUAUUACUAGUGAUAUGUUAACAAAACGCAAACUACAUAUUAUUCUACUGUUUUCAUGUGCGUGACUUCGCGGGCUUAAUUAGAUAAUUAAAUAAUUACAUGUUUUGAUUUGUUUUGUGGCGACCAAUUUUAAUUUUAAUAUUCAAAGCAUUUGUACGUUUCAUGAAAUGACCUACCACACAACAUUGCUUAAUUCCGUGCGGUGUUCGUACAUGGAACUUUCAAGGGUGUUUUAUCAGUGACCUUUAUUAAACACCUUCAAAUAAACUCUCAUAUCUCUGUAAUAAUCGUGGUAAAAUGGGGCCGACGUGGAAAAAACCUGUAUAUAAUUACCAAUCGCGCUAUUUGGUGCACUAAUAUGAUCAAUUGUAAAGCUUUUAAUGGGUGAGAAUUGAAAAUUAAUUCUUAAUCUUCUCAGAAAAAAUUUCAUAUUCAUGUCGCAAACAACCAGGGUUUUCUUUUGCUAUAAACAAGGAAAGUUCUUAAAUACUGGCUAGACGGAGUGCCAUGUGUUUGACUGAGCACUAAAAAUUAGUUAUGACAUGUUAGUAAUAUCACCUAGCAGGCUAAAAUUACGUUAUAAGUUCAAGGAUGUAAACACGUACGUAAAAGCAUGUUUUAGCCAUACCGCGUUGAGAUUCCACAUCCUGUUUUCGCCCUUUUUAAUUUGCGGAACGUGAGCGAAGAGGAAAAGAUCUUUACAGCAGUUAAUCAACGCUGAAAGCUUUUAACAAAGCUACGAGUUACAACUGAACUCCGUUCCUCAGAGUCUUACGUAGCAAGUUCGCAUCAACUGAAAAGAUGAAUCUUUCUACUGAGUCAGCCGAACCAACAGGCUCCUAUUCAGAACCGUCAGCGUUCGAAGUGACAAAGAUGUUUCUAUACGUCGCAAUACUCAUCCUUAGCUCUGUUGGCAACACUAUGGUUAUAAUAAUAAUUUGCAAGUUCAAACACAUGAAACGCUUGCCAGGAAAUCUAUUUAUUGUGAACCUGGCGCUGUGUGAUUUGCUGACUCCCCUCAUAAGCAUCCCACUCGAAAUGAUGCUGGUAGAGACGGAGAACACGUGGGUCCUUGGACCAGCAUUGUGCAAACUUCUCCCAGCAGCGGCAACGUUUUUCACGACGUCUUCGUCCCUAACACUAGCUGCAAUCUCACUGGAUCGGUACAGAACGCUCAUGCAUCCUUUUAAACAGCGCCUCGACAAAAGAACUGUGAAACUUCUUAUCGCGUUCGUACAUUGCUGCUCCGCCAUAUUGAUCAUUCCUCAUGUUAUAACCUCACAGCUGUCUCCAAGCGUUCAAUGCAUCGAAUCCUGGCCAAACAAGUUGCUUCCCAAGAUAUACACAUUUGUUCUGUUCUUCGCGCAGUACGCAGGUCCGCUCGUGUUCAUGGCUGCCAUGUAUAUCUUCGCCGCGCGUAAUCUUUUUGUCUCGACGCAAAGAGCGCGUUCUUAUUCGGUUUCGUCAGCAAAUUCCACGGGAAACAGAAAUACUUCACCCAAACGCGUCCUUGACCCGCGUGAAGUCGGUUGCUCGCGAGAUUCUUUAGAAAGACAUUUUCGCAAACACAAUGAACAAAACGCACAAAUCACCAAGGUGUUUAUUGGAAUAGUCGUGGUCUUCGCGGUUUUCACACUACCUAUCGAAGUCUUAUGGAUUUGGGGAGAAUUUGCCGGAGGGGUGAACCAUAGACUGUACCCCACAAUAGCGGUGGUAUGCCGUUUAUUCACAUACGCAAACAGUUGUCUGAAUCCAAUCAUCUUUUACAAGUUCAGCCGCGAUUUCCACCGAGGAUUUCUGGCCUUCUUUCGGCAUCCCUCGUCUUGCAAAGAUGGCGCGUCAACACCCGCCAAUGAGGCUACCGCGUGGGAUAGGAAUGGAAAGAUGACUCCAUCUUGGCUGACACCACGAGGAUCAUUGCAAAGCACUCCUGCAUUGACACCUCGAGGGUCCAUCCAAGGCUCAAAACAUUCCGUCAGCUUUGCAGAUCAAGGAAAAUCUUUUCAUGACGACAAGAAAUGUGAUAAAUUAAGUAUUCCUCAUUCUGACUAUGACACUCACAGCAGUUUAUCUUAUGUUGGAACAUUUAGCAGACGUCACGAAGAGGAAAAUAUCACCGAAUGCCUGAGCGCCAAUCCAAUUGCAUUGGAAGAGAACGUUUCUAACCAUAACUGUAAUAUUACGAUUAAGAUUUUCUUCUACGAAUGCAAUUUAACCAUUGAACUAGAUAAACUAGAAUCAUUGUUAGUUCUUCCUCAGACCGAUUGUUAGAGGAGAGUUAGUUCCGCUUGCAUAAAACACUGGGUUUUUUUUUCACAGUUAAAACCUGAAAACCAGGACAAUGCCAAGUGAAAGAAUUAACCAGUUCAGGUCAUGUCAUUGUAAUUAUCUUACACUAGGUAUAAAAGUUAGAGCCCAUUUGUAAGGCAUGAUGCACAAAACGACAUCAGGAAGUACUACUCAAUAGCUUUCAUUUUGUCACACACUAGGGUUUCAUCCACAGA